AUGCGAAUUAAACACCUUUAUAAAAUAAGCAAGCGUCUAUAAGAUAAAAAAAAAUAAGGGAACAGAUCACAAUUUUAUUUUUUUUAAAGCUUUUUAGUCAUGAAAAGCGAUCAAUGGUCUUCAGACCAUGAAAAUCCUGAAGAAGUUGAUUACUAUGCUACAUUGGGGGUAAAUCCAAAUUCGUCUCCUAGUGAGAUACAAAAGGCCUUUCGAAAACUGGCGAGUAGCUUUCAUCCAGACAGGUUUCACGAUUCGAAUCAAAAGCAAGAGGCGAGUAGACGGUUUAAGCAAGUGACCGAUGCCUAUACGGUUUUGAACGAUCCAAUGAAGCGCAAGUUAUACGAUCAAUUUGGCUCUAGUAUUUUGUCUCGAAUGACCGCUCUUCAGCUUGCGAAGAGGCCUCAGUGCAACGAAUCCUGGAUGGAUAAUGUGAUAAGAUACCAAAGGCGCCAAAAGUUGGCGUACCUUCAGCAGCGCGUAAACUUAGUGGGCUCGGCUACGGCUAUGAUAGACGUCUCUCGCUCCCUUCGAAAUCCUCGCUUGGAGACCAUGUCGAUGAAACAAACCUACUGGUAUCCGUUUCAAGACCACCAAACAUUUUUAACGAUCAUGGUUCAAAAAAUCAUUCAAAAGGACAAGGGAAAGGGAGACAUUCACUUGUCCAUAAGCCACAUGGUACUCAACAGCUUGAUGGUUAAGGCUGGGGUGAACAUGGCCUGGAAUCAAUUGGCCUGGAAACUUUCCGCUUGUCACAGCGGAUUUGCAAAUACGGUUCAAAAACUGAGCUUGUCAGGCGAUGAACGAGGGUGCAGUUUGUCUACGGGAGUUGACGUUUACCUGAGCGACCACUGGACGGGAUCCAUCAACAUCACCUCGGGCAAGUCUCCAAUGCUAAAGGCAGAACUUGUUCGAACCGGAAAAAGUAGACAAGAACAAGAAUCUAAGGCAAAAUUAAAUGAAUUUUCUUGGGACACGAGCAUCUCUUGUAGGCUAAAAAGGAAUCAGGUCAGCUUGUCUACGCGAUCGACUAGGCACAUCAACGAAAGGUCCAUGAUAGCAUUCGAAGCUUCAACCAGUAAUUCUGUUGUUCAAUCAUCGAGUUUUUCCGGGCUCUCUCAACGUCUAAUGAUGAUUCAAACUUGGCACCUUGUCGCUCACUACGAACGAACCGUCUCCCAGCUAUCCAAAUUGCACCUCGGAUUUACGAUAGCGCCUCACGGCGUUUAUAUGUCUCUAGGAUUCUCUCGGUUCGGACAGACGCUUUCUUUACCCAUCGCAAUCAGCCCAAUACCCACCCUCUACUCGUGUUUCACGGCCAUGUCGCUGCCUCUGCUCCUGGCGUUUUUGGCGCAGGCCCUUUGGCUGGAACCGCGACGAGCUAAAAAAAAGAAAAAAAGAGAGGAAACCGAGAGACUGAAGAAGCAAAAGCAAAUUCAGCUCAGCAGGGAGCAAGCCAAAAUCGACCUGGAUUUGAUUCAAAGGGAGAUUGAUAGGAAGAAGGAGGAGGAGAAGAAAAAAGGGGGUCUUGUCAUCUUGCAGGCCUUUUAUGGCCAAUUAAAAAAUGUAGACCAGACUUUCUUCUACGACCAACUGCCACUGUAUGACCUCGACCAACCUCCCGAAUACACUGCACCUCCCACCACGGACACCGAUGUCAAAAAAGAGUGCAUCAUUGACGUCACCGACGCAUUGCAAUACAUGGUCUAUCACUCCCAAUUGAAAAUUUCUCCAGAGUGCAACAAGGCUUCCUUUUUAGGGUUCUACGAUCCAUGUCCUGGGGAAGAAAAAUGGAUUGAAAUUGUAUAUCUGUACAAAAAUGAAGUUCAUCGCGCUUUUCUCAGCGACCUGGAAGCCGUUCGCCUCCCGCUGAAAUCCCACAAAAUUGUCAUCGAAUAGAAAGCAAUUGCUCACUCCGUUCGGAGCCACGAUACACCCGGUGCGCAACGUCGCUCGUGCCUCUGAAGAAACGCGUAUUGAAGAAGAGCCCUCAGGAUCAAAAGCGGUCGACGAACUCGAAAGAACCAAGCAAUUCAAAAAAAAAAAAAAGUGUAGCGAAGAUAAAUGUCGAGCGUAAACACUACCUUCUCUCUCUCUCUGUUUGUAAUAAUACAUACCACGCCGGUCAGACAGUGCGGCUGUUUUCUUAGUUUUGAAUAGCAUCGUUCUCUUGGUCACCAAUAAAAAAAUAGCUUCGUUGAUGAAAA